CUGCGGUUUGCACUGCAUAUUUCAUUGUGAUAUGGGAGAUCGCAACGGACAGAGACGACCAGAUGCAUACGAACGACCACCAGCGGGGAGUGACCUGUGCCAUAUUUCUCUUAACGUCUCAGGUAUUCAAGAAAUGGCAACAGCCAGAAGUCGCCAUCUUAUCCAGCACGUUAUGGGUACACUCUGGCGGCUCCUACCCCUGCGUCCUACCACCACCCUGUCCCGACUACGUCCACUAGGGAGUUGGAAGCCUUUGGCGGCUUCUGCCACUGCAUCCUGCCACCACCAUGUCCCGACCACGUCCACUAGGGAGUUGGCAGCCUUAGUGAUGAUGCCAAGCAGGCUGACAGCAGACAGAAAUAUUCAGGUUGCCUUGAAAUUUUACCCAAGCCAUGCCACAUACUCAGGCCAGGCCUCUUACCGAGGUCGGAUCGAGGUCGGUCCAGAUCAAGAUCCACGUCGAUUCCAGGAGCCAGAUAUACCUCAGAAAAGGAGGUUCACAGCCUCAAACAACCCAAAACCCAACCUACACCUAACACCCCAGAACCCGCUACCAGCAGCCAAACCGAAGAACUCUCAAGACCAGCCCCAAAAAAGCGAGCCCUCCAAGAAGGAGCUCAGGGCCAAGUACGCUCCGAAGUCAAGGAUAUGCUCGUAA